AUGCGUCUCGCCUCCCUCGUCCUUUCGGCCGUCGGCACCCUUGCCGCCCUUCCCCUCGCUGCCGGAACAUACAUCCGACAGCCUCACGACCUCGAGCCCUUCCGCCUGUUCCGCCGCACGGGCGGCGACAGCAACCGCCCCGAGGUCACCGUUAGCCCCGACAAGAACACGGGUGCCGGUGCCGCCGUCUUCUUUGCCCAGGCUAAAAGCGAUGGAAGUGUCGACAUCCUUGGCGAUGCGCUCAGCGCCCAGCGCACGGCCCAGAUCAAGAAGUUCUUCCCUGUGUUCGGUUUCACUGGUGCCGAGGACUCGACGGUGAAGAUUCCCGGCGAGGAGGGUGACCCCGCUUCCCUCCUCAUCUUCACUGGCGUCGGAAACGAGAUGGACAAGAACACGACGCGCGGUGCUGCCGCCUUUGGCGUCCGUGCGGCCUACGGUGUCACGACUAAGGUCGCCAUCAUGGUCCCCAAGACUCACGACGAUGUGAUUGCCUCCGCAGCCGACGGUGCUGUGUCAGGCACCUAUGUCUGGAACAAGUACAAGUCGAACGCGCCGCCGCGCGUCGACUGCAUCAUCAUCGUCUCUGACUGCGACCCCGCCAAGAUUGUGCACGACGUCACCGCCUCCCUCUAUGUCAACUAUGCCCGCGACCUCGUCAACGAGCCCGCCAACGUGCUGAACCCCGAGACCUUUGCGCAGCUUGCCAGCGACAUUGCCACUCCCGCCGGUAUCGCGGUCGAGAUCUGGGACGAGAAGCGUCUCGCCGCUGAGCGCCUCGAUGCCAUCCUCGCCGUCGGCGCCGGAAGCGAGAACAAGCCCCGCCUCGUCAAGCUUAGCUACACCCCCGGCGGUGGCAAGCGCAACAACUGGAGGCAUGUCGUCCUUGUCGGAGGCGGAAUCACCUUUGACUCGGGCGGUCUGUCGGCCAAGUCCACCGCCGAUAUGAGCAACCAGCGGGGUGACAUGGCUGGCGCCGCUGCCGUCUUCAAGACCAUCCUUGCUGCGCACGAGCUCAAGGUCAACACUCGCAUCACCGCCUGGCUCCCCCUCGCUGAGAACAUGCCGGGAGGAGGAGGUAUGCGUAUCGGCGAUAUCGUCCGCACUUACGCGAACAAGACCGUCGAGAUCGUCGACACCGACAACGAGUCGCGUCUGCUCAUGGUCGAUGCAAUUGCGUUCGCCAUGCAGGAAGAGCACGACAUUCUUGUCGACAUCUCGACCUACUCCAGUAGCGGCGACCAGAACACUCAUGCUGAGUACAACGGCGAUAAUUUCCGCUGCGAGCCCGACAUGGACUGCGCCUACUCGCCAGUUGGCAAGCGAGAUGCCGCCGACGCGGAUGGAAACUCCGCCGCCGAUACGACGAACAGUGGCACGCCGUUGGCUUUCCUGUACAGAUUCCCUGGCAUGUCGUCCUCCUGGGGAAGGUACGCCAAACGUGACAACUACAACCCGCCGAAACUUGUACACAUCAACCUUGGCGCCAUGGGAUGGAAUCCAGGCCGCCCUUACGCAGACCAGCCCUCGAUGGGUACCGGAGCCGGCGUUAAGACCCUGCUCGCCGUCGCGGAGCAGUAUGCUCUUUGA